AUGACAUCUAGGUAUUUCUCCUGCGUUCCUUGUUGUCCGGGUGUUGUGAGAUUUGCAAGUCGGCGACUACGUCCGACAUGCAUUCAUGCCCAUGCGCAUUCGCAGACAUGGAAUUUACCACUGCGUGACUCUAUACGCCAAUACUCAACACCCAUCAACGAUGAGAAUCACGCCAAAAGAUCCCUCUUAGUCCCUGCAACGCCAAGAUUUAAUGAGAUUGGAGUUCAGCAAUUGAGUGAAUAUGUUCAUCCCCAAGUCUUUCCCGGAACAGGUCGAGUCCCAAACCCGAAACUCGUCGCCCUCGCAAAAGACCAUUUGGCAAGACAUGAUCUCCUUGGAAAAUCCCAGACCGGAGCGGUGCCUAUCGCAUUUGACCUUCCACCACUUCAAGGUCAGACACUAGACGAACAUUUUCACAAGCUAGGAAUGGAUGCGUCGGAGCCCUACUUGUCAUACGCCAAAGAAUAUGCAUCCUUGAGCUGUCCGAAUAAGCCGCGCAAAUGGGUGAAGCGUAGUGGAUGGACGAAGUACAACUCGGAUGGGUCAUCAGAAGCAGUGGAUGCCCCAAAUGAGUCUAUGCUGACAUUCGAUACCGAGGUCAUGUACAAGGAUAAUCCAUUCGCGGUUAUGGCUUGUGCUGUCAGUCCGACAGCGUGGUACGCCUGGAUCUCCCCCUGGCUUCUGGGCGAAUCGCAAGACAAAACUCAUCUGGUGCCCCUUGGUGAUCCUUUCAAGCCUCGUAUUGUGAUAGGCCAUAAUAUUGGAUAUGAUCGCGCAAGAGUUUUAGAAGAGUACGACAUAAGCCAGUCCAGCAAUUUCUUCAUGGACACCAUGUCCCUUCAUGUCGCUGUUAAUGGUAUGUGCUCGCAGCAGAGACCGACCUGGAUGCGACACAAAAAGAACAAAGAUCUUCGAGACAGGAUUGCAAAUGAGCAUAACUCUAUGGAACUGGCUUCAUUACUUGAGAAUAAUAUGCUGAGGGAAGAGGAGGAAGAGCUGUGGGUUGGGCGAAGCUCGGUGAAUUCAUUGCGUGACGUUGCCAAAUUUCACUGCGAUGUCACCAUCGAUAAGGCACAGCGGGACUUCUUUGGAGAACUUGACCGGGAAACACUCCUGACAAAACUAGAAGAACUUCUUGACUAUUGUGCCGCCGACGUUGCUAUCACCCACCGGGUCUACAGAAAAGUUUUCCCCAACUUCCUUGAGACAUGCCCACAUCCUGUCAGUUUUGGUGCUCUUCGGCACUUGUCCGCGGUCAUUCUUCCAGUCAACGAGACUUGGCAGGAGUAUAUCAAAAACGCGGAGGAAACCUAUCACAAACGACUAGAUGAAGUCCAACGCAAACUCAUUGAAUUGUGCGAUGAAGCUUUGAGCAUGAAAGAUCAACCUGAUGUUUACACGAACGAUCCCUGGCUACGGCAGCUGGACUGGUCCGGCCAAGAGGUCAAAAUGAAGCCGGGCAUGCCCAAAUGGUACAAGAAUCUUUUCACCUCAAGCGCUGCCGAUAUCGGAUUGACAGUUCGAACUCGGAUUGCGCCAAUUCUACUCAAGUUAUGUUGGGAGGGUUACCCCCUUAUCUGGUCCGACCUGCAUGGGUGGACGUUCCAGGUUCCCCGCGACCAGUUGAAAAAGUAUGACAAUCAACCAGUUGUGCUUUGUGAUAUGGCCGAGGAAAAGAACUUGCAGCUCCGAGAUGACCGAAAGAACAUAUAUUUCAAAAUCCCUCACAAAGAUGGACCGCAGGCCAGAUGCACGAGUCCUCUCGGAAAGGGCUACAUGCAAUACUUCGAGCGUGGUAUUCUGUCCUCUCAAUUUGCACUUGCCAAAGAAGCCUUGGAGAUGAAUGCCUCGUGCUCUUAUUGGAUUAGUGCUCGAGACCGAAUCAUGAACCAAAUGGUCAUAUAUACUGAUCAAAUGCAGAAGAAAGACGCAUGCGAUGAAAACUCAAAGCACCGAUUGGGCUUCAUUCUUCCGCAGAUUAUCCCCAUGGGCACCAUCACUCGCCGUGCCGUGGAGAAUACAUGGCUCACCGCAAGUAAUGCCAAAGCAAACCGGGUUGGCUCUGAACUUAAAGCUAUGAUCAAAGCACCCCCAGGCUACGUUUUCGUUGGCGCCGACGUCGACUCCCAGGAGUUGUGGAUUGCCAGUCUGGUAGGAGAUUCACCCUUCCAGAUCCACGGAGGAAAUGCAAUCGGAUUCAUGACACUGGAGGGUGCCAAGUCAGCAGGAACAGAUUUGCAUUCUCGAAGUGCACAAAUCCUGGGCAUUUCGCGUAACGACGCCAAAGUGUUUAACUAUGGGCGUAUCUACGGCGCUGGUGUUAAGUUUGCCGCCACGCUUCUCCGCCAAUUCAAUCCGACUUUGACUGAGAAGCAAACUCAGGAGACAGCAGCCAGCCUUUACAAAGAAACUAAGGGUACCCGAACCACGCGUCGUCUAUUGAGCGAAACGCCUUUCUGGCGGGGAGGCACGGAAUCAUUCGUGUUCAACAAACUAGAAGAGUUUGCGGAUCAAGAAAGACCUAGAACCCCUACCCUGGGCGCUGGUAUUACUGAAGCCCUCAUGCGCCGAUUCAUCAACAAGGGCAGCUUCAUGACAUCUCGCAUCAAUUGGGCCAUCCAAUCAUCUGGAGUAGACUACCUCCACCUCCUGAUUGUGGGAAUGGAUUACCUGAUCCGCCGCUUCAACAUUCAAGCCCGACUAUCCAUUACAGUCCACGAUGAAAUCCGAUAUUUAGUAAAGGAAGAAGACAAGUAUCGCGCAGCUCUCGCAUUACAAAUUGCCAAUGUGUGGACGCGAGCCAUUUUUUCUCAACAAGCAGGCAUCGACGACCUCCCGCAGUCUUGCGCAUAUUUCUCUGCAGUCGACGUUGAUCAUGUACUGCGCAAGGAAGUUGACAUGGACUGUGUCACGCCUUCGCACCCUCACAAAAUUCCCCAUGGUGAGACUUUAGAUAUAGCCCAACUGCUGGCAAAAGACCAGCAAGCUUUCCUAGAUCCUUCCAUUGUUCCGGAAUCCCCUCCAACGCCGGAGAAGUAUGAGUACGUGCCGCGAGAAUCGGUCAUGUCUACCCUUCAAGCAUCCAAUGACUUGUCUUUUAUCAGAGCACAAAUCACAAAAGAUGACAAAGAGCUUCGCGAGAUUAUCAAGGAGAAGAGCAUGUCUACCAAACCUCCUAUUUUCCGCGCCUCGUCAGCCAAAUCCCACAAAACAACCGGAUGGGCACCGGCAGAGUCCCAGCGCGCAGUGCUCAUGGACAUGGAAUUGGGCCUGUAUCCUGAUUUCCGAAUUCCCCCACCGCGGAAUUCUUCCAGCAAUAUCUAUCGUAAUUCUUGGAAAUCCCGACCCUCUGCCCGGGCAUAA